AUGAAUGGAAAUAUUCAAAGUAUAGAUAUUUUAAUUAAUAAAGAAUAUGAAAAGGAGAUUGCUUUAAAUCGUGAGAAGUUGCGUCCAAUUGUUGACUCAAUCAUUUUCUUAGGCCGACUCAACAUAGCUUUCAGAGGUCAUUGUGAUGAUUCUCAAUAUCAUCCUACUAUUGGCAAAUAUUCUUUAGUGGGUGGAGUAGGUAAUUUUAUUGAACUUUUAAACUACAGAAUCAGAGGUGGGGAUAAAGUUCUUGAACAUCAUCUUAAUAGUUGCGCAAAGAAUGCAUCUUAUAUUUCAAAUUUGUCACAUAAUGAAUUAAUAAAUUGUUGUGGACAGUACAUCCAGAAUAUUUUGGUUUCUGAAAUAAAAGAAAAUCAAUUUUUUUCAAUUAUUGCUGAUGAAGCAUCUGACUGCUCCAAUCAGGAACAAUUGUCUUUAGUAAUUAGAUUUAUAGACAAAUCAUAUGAUGUUAGGGAAGAAUUUAUGGGUUUUUUACAUUGUGAAUUAGGUUCAACAGGUGAAGCUCUAUGCAAAACUAUUUUAUCUUCACUUAAAGAUUUUUCGCUUGAUAUUUCCAAUUGUAGAGGUCAGGGUUAUGAUGGUACAUCAUCUGCUACUGGUCAUGUUAAAGGAAUCGCUAAAAGAAUAAAAGAUCUAAACCAUAAAGCAGUGUAUACUCACUGCUUUAGUCAUCGCCUUAAUCUUAGUGUUAUAAAUUCAUGCAAGAUACAAGAAGUUAGAAACAUGAUGGAACAUGUAAAACAGCUGUCGUAUUUUUUUAAUUUUUCAGAGUCACGACAAAAUUUAUUAGAAGUAGCUAUUACAGAACAUUUCCCUUUUGCUACGAAGAAAAAAUUAAUUGAUGUUUGUCGUACAAGAUGGGUUGAACGCAUAACUGGGUUGGAUGAUUUUGAAAAUUUGUUUGUACCUAUUGUUUUUUGUCUUGAAGGAAUGAGCUUGAACCUAGAAUCAAAAUGUACAAAAGAUACUUCCUCACAAGCAUCUUGUUUUUUAAAACUUGUUACAAGUUUUGACUUUAUUGCAUCCUUAGUGAUAACUCGGACAGUACUUGACUACACAAUUCCUGUUACACAAAUGUUACAGGGUAAAACUUUUGAUAUUUGUGAUGGUUUAGGUUCUAUUUCAGCUUUAAAAAGUUAUAUCUCAACACUUAGAAGUUUAAUAGAUGAUUAUCACAUAAAGUGGUAUGCUUCUAUUCUUUGUCUUGCUUCUAAAGUUGAUGUUGCAGAAGCUAAACCAAGAUUAUCAAGUCGUCAAAUAAAUAGAAAUAACGUUGCUUCUUCUUCAACUUCAGAUUAUUUCAAAAAAUCGUUAUCUAUUCCACUUAUUGAUCACCUCCUAAGUGAAGUAAAUUACAGAUUUAGUGAUGAUGCUUUGGAAGCUUACGAUGGCUUGGUUAUUAUUCCAGACAAAAUGAUUUCUUUUGUCUCUAAAAAGAUUGACUGGAAAAUUAGGUUCCAAUCUUUUGUUAAUUUUUAUGCAACUGAUUUACCAUGUGCAAUUUCUUUAAGUGCAGAACUUGAUUUGUGGGAAAGAUACUGGCUUCUUGAAAAUAUUUGCUUGCCAGAUAACAUUUCGAGUACUUUAAAAAGUCUUCCUAAUAAUGUAUUUGAAAAUAUCAGAGUUUGCCUUCGUAUUUUAGGAACAUUACCUGUAACGUCUUCUUCUUGUGAAAGAUCGUUUUCAGCCAUGAAGCGAUUAAAAAAUUACACACGAAGUACUAUGUCAUCUGAGAGGUUGAACAAUCUUGCUCAUAUGCAUAUUCACAAAGAAAUAGUACCUGAUGUAGAAAAAGUUAUAGACUUAUUUGCACUUAAAUCUCGGAGAUUAAAUUUUACAGAUAAAAUGUGUUAA